AUGGUCGAGCUAAAGUCAUUAGCUUCUCCCAAAGUGGCAGUACCGAUUGUUGGUAUUAUUGUUUUGGUGGUGGUUUCCACGUUGGUUGCGGUGUUCUAUAUAAGAAACCCUACUGUCACUGAUAAUAUUUUUGGUGGUGGCAAUACUGACGACAACAACACCAUAACAUCAUUCGGAGAUUCUACUGUAGAUCAUGUUACUCAAUCUUCCUCAGAAUCCUCGUCUCACUCGCUUCAAUCGAAUUCUUCCGGAAGUCAUGAACAACCAAGCACAUCUUCGUCGGCUGCUACAACCACUUCUCCUUCUCCUGUGACUCUUCCGAUGACACCGGCAUCCGAUCAAUCUUCUACUCCAAUGCACGCCAUUGAGCCCGUUCAACAUCUAUAA